AUGGGACCACAGUGCGUGGGAUCCUUUCUGGGGACGAGGCCUGCCGAGGAGGCUGCUGGCGGUCGUGCCUCCCCGGCGUCCCUGGGGCUUGCGGGGCCAGGUGGCUGCUGGCGGUCCCACACGCGGCUCCUUCCUCCUGGGCGAUUAUCUUUGGAAAAUUUCAACGUUGGUGUCCGAAUUUCUAUCACGCUACAAAUAGAGAUCAAUUUUGUAGCCUGUCAGCUGUUUGCCCUUUUCGCUGCUUUUUGGUUUCGUAUUUAUUUGGGUCCCAGUCAUGCCAGUUCUGCUGUUCGCCAUACAUUUGCCACCCUCUUUGGAAUAUACUUUGCUGUCUUCUGCUUUGGGUGGUAUUCCAUACAUCUUUUUGUCCUGGUGAUGAUGAACUAUGGCAUUAUGAACAUGGCGAGUAUUGCAAACAUCCACAGGUACUCCUUUGUCGUAGCUAUGGGAUACCUCACCCUCUGCCACAUAAGCCGAAUAUACAUAUUUCAUUAUGGUAUUCUUACUACAGAUUUUUCCGGAGGAUUGUGCUGUCCACUGAUGAUAAUUACACAGAAGAUCACAACACUUGCAUGCCAACUCCAUGAUGGAAUAGGGCGACGAGCUGAGGAACUCACUGCUGAGCAAAAUCGGCUUGCUAUAAAGACCAGACCUUCUUUACUGGAGUACUUAAGCUAUCUCCUCAAUUUUAUGAGCAUCAUAGCUGGGCCUUGCAGCAAUUACAAGGAUUAUAUAGCCUUCAUUGAAGGGAGGCACGUACACAUGAAACUCUUAGAAGUGAACUGGAAGCAGAAGGGUUAUGACAGACUUCCUGAUCCUUCUCCAACUGGAGCAGUGAUGUGCAAGCUGUGUAUCACACUUGUAUCUCUCAUUUUGUUCUUGACGCUUACCAAGAACUUCCCUGUGGCAUAUAUUAUUGAUAAUGAAUUUCUUGAGAAAACAUCCUUCUUGUCAAGACUUGGUUACCUGUACGUUGUUACACAGGCAGCAAAGCCAAAGUAUUACUUUGCAUGGACACUAGCAGAUGCAGUCAACAAUGCAGCUGGCUAUGGAUUCAGUGGAGUGGAUGAGAGAGGCAUUUUCCGUUGGGACCUGUUGUCCAAUUUAAAUAUCUGGAACAUUGAGACUGCGACAAGUUUUAAAAUGUACAUUGAAAACUGGAACAUUCAGACAGCUGCCUGGCUAAAACGAGUUUGCUAUGACAGAGCUCCCUGGUACCCUACAGCUUUAACAUUUAUCCUGUCAGCCCUGUGGCAUGGUAUCUAUCCUGGAUAUUAUUUUACAUUCCUCACUGGAAUCCUUAUCACACUCGCAGCCAGAGCAAUAAGAAACAAUUGCAGACGUUACUUCCUUGCCUCACUGCCUCUCAAGAUAGCCUAUGAUAUUGUUACCUGGAUUGUCACUCAGCUGGCUGUUUGCUAUACUGUUGCACCUUUUGUUAUGCUGGCUGUUGAGCCCACAAUUAAGUUUUACAAGUCUAUGUAUUUUCACAUGCACAUCCUAAGCAUCCUGGUAUUGCUAGUGUUACCGAUCAGACCUCAAGCUCACUCCGUAAGAAGGCCUCAAAAUCAGGUCAUGCAGAACUCCGUUAAAAACAAAGACGAAUGAUACCUCCAAAGAAAACCGCCAACACUGGGACGUGAACUGCCAUAUUGGAAGCAAACAAAGAAGAAAAAAGGCGGGGGAGGGGAGGGACAAACGGCAAGACAAGUGGCAUUACUAUUGCUUAUCAUAAAACCUUACUGGACAGGGCAGAAAAGAGCCUGAAAGACUGUGUUUCAGAUAACUCCAGGUAACAGAGAUUUACAGGCAACUUUUGCAGGCUCAAGGGGCAUUUUGAUUUUUUUUUUAAUAUAUAUUUUUAUGAAGUGUUUUUAUAUAUUUAAACUUUUUCACACAGGUGUUUUUGCUUUUUUACAGAAAUAUACCAUUAUUAAACAAUAAUAUUGUAAUUAAAGGGACAAGAAGUAUCUAAUAAAGAGUUCGAUCAGCUGUGUACUAGCCUGGUGCUCAGGGCAGCUGAUCAUAUCUUGGCAAAGAAGAGAGAUGGUGUGUAUAGAGAACCACAGAAAGGGGGAGUGCUCCACGGGUUGGUGCUGACUUCUGCCCCAGCAGGGAGAAAAGGGAGCAGGGCUCUCCGGGCAAUCCCCAAAGUAGGGACUCCAGCCUGAGCUCGGCAGCAAGGAUAUUCCACCUCCCUCGAAGUGGCUCCUGCUGGUAUGAGGGCAAGACAAGUCCCUUGGGAAUAGGUGUCUGGGAACACUUGUCAACUGGCUAGGCCAAAACCUAAAGCCAAGAAAAAGCAACACAAAAGGGAAAAACCCAGAGUAGUAAAAACAAGGGAAUACCCUGUGAUCUGUAGAAUAGGUCUUCUCUAAUAACGCAGCUGGUGCUCAUUGCUACUUCAGCCUUACUUUGCACUUUCAGAGUGAUGCAGCGCUUCCAUUCUACGAUGGAAAUAACGGAGAAGCCGUGCAGGUUUAGACUGUUACAACUCGCGGUUAUGCGUUAAAUCUAGAAAAGGUUAGCAAUAGAUCAGACUGUUCUGCACAAAAAGGUUAGCAAUAGAACAGACUGUUCCACACGGAAGCAUCCUGUCUCGUGUGGGGGAGUUUCAUUUUAGUGUUAGUGGCUGGAAAGAAAAUGGAA